AUGACUAUCAUGAUUGAUGCGCAUGAUCGGAAGUCUCUUCUCCUUUCAGCCGUGGUGAACCGGACAGGACCUAUCCCCAUGGACGACAUCAAGGAGCAUUUGUUCGGGAAGGAAGACACAACUACCGCUACGGAUCGCAACGAUCGAUUUGAAACGAGCAAGCAGGCGGCGAUUGUGGCCGUGUCCGUGGUGGGAGGGAUCAUGCUUGUUGGCUUCGCCCUCCUCUGUUUGAAGUUCCGGCGCCAUCGUUUCAGGAACUCCGUGAAGGCCUCCCAGCCACUCGAGCUCGCUAAGAGGCGAAUGGGAGAUCUGCUGGAUGGGGAGCAUGCGACGUUGAACCCCAGUUACGCCAUGCCCUUCUCUGCCGACAAUCUCCUCGUCAACUACAAAAUCAAAGUUAUUCCGGAAGACGACAUCAUCUUUGACCAGGAGAUCGGACACGGCUGCUUCGGGAAGGUCUUCAAAGNCGCCAUGCCCUUCUCUGCCGACAAUCUCCUCGUCAACUACAAAAUCAAAGUUAUUCCGGAAGACGACAUCAUCUUUGACCAGGAGAUCGGACACGGCUGCUUCGGGAAGGUCUUCAAAGGUGAGUACCGGCCUCGAGAGGGUGAGGGGAUGACAGUGGCAGUGAAGGUCUUAAAGGACCGGGUGACCAAGGAAGCAAUCAACGAUUUCCUUCGCGAGGUCGCCACUGCCUCCUCCUUCGACCACAAGAACAUUCUUGCUCUUACCGGCGUUGUCCUCCCAGGUAGUAAAGCUAAGCGUAAGGUUGGAGUGUCUACCUGGCCUCAACCCCCCCUUGCCGAUUUCCUGCCUACUCCACUGGAAUUCCGUAUAGCAGUGGUCGGCAACUGGCGGCCCGCGGAAGCCCUCCCUCUGGCCCGCGAAGACUCGGGUAUCGGGCAUUACGGUCUGACAAUAGACGUUCAGCAGCACGUUUGA